GUUAUCAGUUCGGAGUUGGGUCGUUUGAUAUCAGUUAUCAAUUAUUCCGUUAAAAUUAAUUAUUCAUUCGAGAAAUUAUUCAUAAUUUCCUAGUAGUCUACCUCAGGGUUAUUUUAAAUAUAAUGUGAAGUAAAUUGACAUAUGUUUGAUCGUUUCUUUUAGAAGUGAAGUGAAUUCGUGUAGCAAUUUCUUUGAGUAUUCCUCCGCGUCAAUUACCUACAGUCAUGAAGAAAUCUAAAAAACCAAGUUCUCAUUACUCGUUCGACAUGAAGAACAUAUUAACUGCUAGCACAUUAUUUGUAGUAUUGGUAGCUUUCAUCGCCGUACUGUAUAGAAAUACGGAAGACGAAUUACAUUCCAGAUUGAGGAACAUUCUUUCUGGUUUGAUCACCAUAGAUAGAAAACACGAAGUGCAUUAUCCAAAGGUGGCAGUUGGUUAUGGUGCUUGCAAGGAUAUAGCGUUCAAUGCCGCUGAUGUCAUUCCAUAUGAAGAAUUUGUAAAUGACGAAGUAGCCCGCGAAUUCAUUUCUUCUUACGAUGACCUUCUCAGCUCUUUUGCUUAUUACUUUUCACAUGGAGCGGCCGCAGAACGCUUUACGUCAAAUUCAACUUUAUUCAACGAGCUUGUAAAUAGAGUGAAUAAACUUCGUGAUCGUAGAGUCGCUUUCGGAGGAAAUGGUGCUAGUAUAGCGAGACGGUUUGCUAUGGAAGGUUUCAAUGUCUUGUUGAGCAGUACUACUACUAAAGAAAUGCGAGAUAUAUUUCCUCAAAACUUGAAUAUUAUCGGUGAAAUUGCUGAUGAAGUCGAUAUACAUCUCGUGUUUGAAUACAAAGCCAAAGAAACAUGGGGACCUUAUACAGCUCCGAGAGCUAACAGAUUCAUCUUGCAUCACGAUUAUCAUAAUCCUAGAGUUUCAUCCUUAGAACGUUUUGAUCCUUAUUUGAAAAGCUUUCGUCCUGAUUUAUUUGUUGUCAGUGGACUUCAAAUGAUGGAUAACUAUCCGAUGGCGAAAAAAAUAAGACACGAAAGACUGCAAGCUGUGAAAAGGCAAAUGAAUGAGUUACCGAGAAACACGAAAAUUCAUUUUGAGAUGGCUUCAAUUACCGAACCGAAUUUAUUAUUUUACAUCCUAGAUCAUAUAAUACCAUUUGCUGAUUCUUUGGGGAUGAAUGAACAAGAAUUAGCGAAUUUGCACAGUGCAUUGUUACAUAAUACAAUAACUUUGGCUACUGAUUCUAACCCUAAAAUUAGCCAUGUACUGGACAUGAUGCGUCAAAUAUUCAAACAGUUGCAAGAAAAACGCGAUGGUGUUGAAAACGGUCGUCCAUUGUCGCGUUUACAUGUCCAUACCUUAGCUUACCAACUUAUAAUGGUAUCAAAAAAUUCAAACUGGAAAAAUACAUUUGUCGCAGCAGCAAGAGCUUCUUUAGUAGCUAAUACGUAUGUCUGUGGUACAGCAGAGGUUGAUAUUGACAGAUCAACAUUAGUAAUAGAUGAAAGUUUUUCCAUUUCAUCUAUUCCAGGAAGUAGAAGAAUCUACUUCGAUGAUCAGAACCCGGUCGCUUGUUGGAAUGAAAACGAUUAUCAUAUAUGUCUAGCGCCAAAUUUAGUGUGCACAUAUGCUAAACAGACUGCCGGAUGUGGAGAUAAUAUAUCGGCUGCUGGAUUAGCUGCUCAAAUAUGAGCUUUUGAUCCACCAUCCCGUUUAUUUUGUUAUAAAAUAGUAUUUGUACUUUUAGAUGUCGUAUUAUUCUAGUCAACAUUCGUGAUUUUUUGAAAAUUUUCAAAAUUAUUUCAAACGUUUGCUCACUAAUGUACCAGAAAAAUGAAUUCUCGUACGAAUACGCAUUCGCUGUGUUGAUUAGAAUUUUGUUAUGGUUAAUUUGGUUAAAAUCCAAUCAAAUUUUACAAUUGUGAUACCUACCUUACGUUAGUUGAAUUAUUUACCAAUAUUCCUAUAACUUGACUAAUGAGUAUUAUAUGCGAAAAAUUAUUGUACUAAUUAAGUAAUGUGUAGCAUUCCUUUGGUGAGGUUUUUGUAUUACUGUAUUAUAUUAAUUUCCUGGUCUCAAAGUAUUGUUAAGAGGUUUUAAGUUUUUUAAGCCGAAUUUUAUUACGAAUUAAGUUUUUCAAUUCUGUAUUGUAUUCGUGUAAAGUGUAUCGAAAAUUAUCGUGAUGCGUCGAUUUAUAAAAUGUUAUACGUACCUAUGUUUAUUGACACAAGUGUUUUUUUUUCAAUUACAAUGGAUAAAUGUACAAAUAUCUCGAAGGGAAGAUACCAAAAAACAGAAAAAUGAUAA